AAAUGUCAGUGUUAAUUUUUUCAGGAUUUAAAGGUUAUAUUGUUUGUUUUGCAAUAGAAAAUAGAAGUUCAGAAAGUGUUCUGCGGUGUUCUGCGGUGUUCUUUUUAUUAUUGGACUGUGCGUUUCAAUUUCAAAGUGAUUUGGAAAAAAUGUCGCUAUUUCCAGCUUAUGCAGAUCAGGCAAAGAAUCUAGAAGAAUCAGAAAGGCCCGUAACUAACGAAGAAUGGCUUGAAAAUUCUAGUUUUAAACCCCAUCUCAUUGUUAACCCUCCAAAUGAAAAUAGUAUUUCAAUUGAAAGCUCCGAUGAUGAUAUAGUGGAAGAAAUAUCAGUACCUAAGAAACGAAAAAAAGAUAAGAAAAAGAAGCAUCAUAGAGCUAAAGACUCCAAAACAACUGAGCGUCAAGUACAGGAGCCCGAAUUAAAUCAGAACUUUUCUCUAGAUCUAACUCAAACGAGAGAGCUUUUAACGGUGAAUACUAUUACUCGACCUGCUGUAGCCAAAUAUCGUGUUCAAUAUUAUUUGUCAGAAAGAACAAGAAACAGAAAACAUCGUUUUAAGAGGUACUUUACACAAUCUAGAAAUAAAAGUACGGAGAGUGAUAAAGAAGAAAGCAAGGAGCAAACUUUGACCAAGCAAAAUCUGGACAAAGUUGGAUUUGCUAAGAAAGACGCCAAUUUUACAGGAUUUAGACAAGAGGAAGAAUUGUCGAGAAGAACUGCACAUUUCAAUAGAAAUUUAACCGACAAUCCGACCGAUGUGCAAAUGUGGUUAAAAUAUGUUGAGUUUCAGGAUACAGUUUAUCAAUUUGAAAAGUCAUACAGAAAAGGCAGCAUAGCAAAAGCUCAAAGAGUAUUAGCUGAAAGAAAAAUAUCAAUUCUAGAUAAAGCAUUGACUAAUAAUCAAGGAAAUGAGCAACUGUUAAGGGAAAGGCUUAGAGUCGCUGUAAGCGCUUUCCCAGCAGACGAACUCCAAACGCAACUCAAAACUGUAAUUGAAAAAGAAAAAGACAACAUAGUUCUUUGGCAAGGAUACAUUGAAGCAACACAAUGUUCCAUGGCUCAUUGCAAUUCUCCAGCCGUUCUUGCACUUUAUAUAGAAUGUUUGUCAACCAUGCAUAAAUUGCGAAGAACAACAGUGUCAGAAAAGUAUAUAUUUGAGCAAGGAAUUUUACGUACUCUUUUUCAAUGUGGACUGUUUUUGAAACAAGCUGGUCUAUUUGAACAGCUCUGGACGGUUUUAAAGAUGUAUCUGGAACUGAAUUUGACCUCAUCUAACAAAGCAAUAUUCAAUGUUGAGCGAUACUGCAAUGAAAAGGAGCUUCUGGAACUUGAAGAAGUAGUUUUAAAUUCGCAAUUGCCCCACCACGAGUUGUGGUUAAGGGUAGAAAAGCUUAGAGAAGCGUGCCAUUGGUUGCCUCGUAUGGGUGAUCAGGAUUGCGAAGAUCCGCAGAGAAUAGUUUUCAAUGAAGACGUGGUUGAACUGAUCCAUCCCAUCACUUCUCCAGAAAAUAUAUUCAAACUUGUUGCCACAAUUCUAACGUUACUCAAGGUACCAUUCCUGCCAUGCAGACAUUCCACGAUGCAAGAUUUAGGCUUGGAUUAUGUUCCGUGGUGUUUAGAUUCUAUAGAAACAUUAUUGCCAGUAUUCUUGCCGAUGUAUUCCAUUGACAUUUCAAAUAAAAACCUUUUGAGGGACACAAACAGAUUAGCCGUGGGGCCCCAAUAUAUUAAAGCGCUGCCGGGGCAAGAAGAAUAUUUAAGCCUUAUAAUGGCUGUUAUGGAAAGCUGCGCCGAGUGCCUGAAAAAUCAGGAUCAAUUGGCUGUCAGGAUAUGGUGGUUCAAAUUUCAAAGGCUGCUAAUCAUAUUAGAUGUUCAAGGUAUAUUUAAGAUACCCCCGAACUUCAAGAAAAAAAUCAAAACCAAUGUAAAAGACCUUUUAAAGCGAGAGGAAUAUAGGAAUAACGAAAUAUUUUAUGUGGAGUACGCUUUAAUUGAAAAAUUGUUUGGAAACAACGAUCAAUGCAUGCGUAUUUUAAAAACGGCCCUCAGUAUGAACCAGAACACCAGUAUACAACCGGAGAACUGGACGGAAACUCAAACUAACCAAUGCUUCUUAUACAGGAUACUCGUAGAAGUCACAAUAGAGUUAAAACAAGAAAAUGUCAAAGAUUCAGUUUUAGAGCUUCUAGUGAAGUUGGUACUGCAGAGACAGAUCACAGGUGUUACUAACGGUUUAAUUAUGGAGGCGGAAACCAAAUUUAACAUAGUUACAACAGCAUUGCUCGACAUGGAAUUGAAUAAUUUGAAAGCUGUUGAACAUUUUUUGCCAGAUUUUUUAACGGAAUGGAUCAUUUGUAAUGGGUGGUUUAUAUUUUGGUCUAAAGGACCAUUGAAGGCUGGAUCAUUUCUGGAAAAUGCCAUAUCCACACUUGAAGCCAAAUCAGUUGGCCUAUCUUUCCAAAUAGAAGUGUUACACGAAUUCUAUUGCUCCAUUUUGUUCAAAUAUUGCGUAGAAAAUCCGGGAAGUGGAAUAUUUAAAAUGUUGGAUAAGGUCUUGUUUAAAUCAAUAGAAAAGUAUCCAAACAACCUUUAUCUUCUGGCUGUCUUAGCCAAGGAGCAAAGUUUGACGAAAAACAUGGGCAUAUCGGCCUGGAAAGUGCAAGACUUACUUUUAAAGUCUGGAAGAGCCGUAGCUACAAUUUUUACCUUGUUUCUAAGCGAUUUAGUAAGAUUGGAACAUGAAAAUGCUAUCACAGAUUCUAUUACAGGUACUAAAUGCGAUCUAAUGGUAUCUUUCAAGAACAAAACAUUAUCAUUGUUCAAGAGAAUUACCGGUGAGGGCAUGUGUACCAGACGAUGCGGUUUAGCGUGGAGGCUUUAUUUACAAUUCGUUCAGGCAUAUUUUGGUCAAGAGCUUUGCAGAAAUGUUUACUACUGUGCAGUCGAGCAAUGUCCGUGGUUAAAGAGCUUGUACAUGGACGCUGCUAUUUACAUUCCCGCAGAAUUAGCACAAAUCCAAGACCUAAUUAUAGAAAAGCAGCUUCGUCUUCAUGUUACCCCCGAAGAACUUGAUAUUCUAAGAAACUGAGGGCUUAUAUUGUUUUAUACGCAUUUGUAUGAAACAUUUGAUCUGCUGAUGGGACUUUUGAACGUGAUAUCUCACAUUAAUUUACAAUACUUUCGUUAGAUGUAUGGUUUAAGCUUACAUACCCUUGUUAACUUUUGUAAGUAUUAAUUCAGUUAAGCCCCAUAUAGUAACUGUAUACACCAGCAGUUUUUGAACUUACAUAUAAUGAAAUGGGCAACCUUUAUGAAGUUAUGGAUUUUUAGAAACGCCAACGGUAUUAAAAAGUGCCUGGUCUCAUAAUUAUUAUAUUAGACUAUAAGUUUUUUUAAUCAGAUGAGAAAUAAUAUCUUGUUUUGGUGCAAAGAAUAUCGCAGUAUCCUUUUGGUCAUGUGCUUACGGGACACCUCGUAUAAAGUAAUUAUUCUUUCCGUACUUAACGAUAUUUUAUAAACAAUAUCCAAGGAAAUUUCAAAAAUCCUGUGACGAAAAACCUUCAAUUGAAUUCAAUUGACAACAGUUCAAUUUGUUUUGUCAGCGCUUCGUUAAAAUCACGUUUUCCUAAAUGUAAUUACUCGCAAAAUUGGGCAAACUAGCUGACUCAGCACGAGAGACCGUUAAAGCUGUUUAAAUUUAUUAUGACAAUUUUCUGAUUAUUUCUGGGUCCAUAUCCGGGUACAGGGUGUCCCGUAAGCC